AUGGCUCCCAAGCAGAAGGCUGGGCAAAAGCCGAAGCCCAAUUCGGCGGAGGAAGUGGAAGAGACAUUUCAAGCUGUGGUGCUCGCAGAUACCUUCGAGACGAGAUUCGAGCCAUUCACCCGCGACAAGCCUCGUUGCCUUUUGCCGCUCGCAAAUACCCCCUUGAUCGAAUAUACUCUCGAAUUUCUAGCCAAUGCAGGCGUGGAGGAGGUCUUUCUCUACGGAGGAGCGCACUCGGAUCAGCUGGAGAAAUACAUCAAUGCGUCGAAAUGGAGGGCCCUGUCUUCUCCGUUCAAGCAGUUGACCUUCCUUAAGUCGACUUCGACUUCUGUCGGUGACGUUAUGCGCGACCUGGACGGCAAGCACCUCAUUACUGGAGACUUCAUUGUCGUGAGCGGCGACGUGAUCAGCAACCUGCCCAUCGAAGGCGCAUUGGCUCAACACCGGGCCCGUCGAGCGCUUGACAAGAAUGCGAUCAUGACCAUGGUUCUAAGGGAGGCUGGCCUGCAGCACAGGACCAAGUCCACCUCGGUUUCCCCGAUUUUCGUCAUUGACCCUACCAAGGACCGAUGCCUCCACUACGAGGAAAUCGACCGCCAUCCAGAUGACGAGCAAUUGUCUCGUCUGAACAUUGACGCCGAAAUUAUACUCAAACACCCCGAACUAGAUAUCCGCCAAGACUUGAUUGACUGCAGCAUCGAUAUCUGCACCCCGGACGUGCUGAGCUUAUGGUCGGACAGUUUCGAUUACCAAUCGCCGCGGAAGCACUACUUGUUCGGCGUUUUGAAGGACUAUGAGCUGAACGGCAAGACACUACACACAUACAUCAUCAAGGACCACUACGCUGCGCGCGUGCGCAACCUGAAGGCCUACGAUGCGAUAAGCAAGGACAUUCUCUCACGCUGGACAUAUCCCUUGUGCCCGGAUACGAACUUGCUCCCUGGUCACACGUACACCCUUCGUAAGGGUAGCAUGUACCAAGAAACCGGGGUAACCCUGGCACGCUCCUGCGUCAUUGGGCGCCGCACAGUCAUCGGAAAAGGCACGAGCAUUGGAGACCGGGCAGAAGUCCACAACUCCGUGCUCGGUCGAAACUGUAAAAUUGGCCGCAAUGUCAAGCUGGAUGGUGCCUAUAUUUGGGACGACGUUGUGAUCGGCGACAACUCAGACGUGCGUGGGGCGAUUAUCGCCGAUGGCGUGGUUCUUGGCAAGCAUUGUACCAUUGCAUCCGGAGCGCUUAUUUCUUAUGGCGUGAAAAUCGCAGAUAACAUCUGGGUGGAGAGUGGGAAGCGUAUCACGAAAACUCGAAACGACGGCAGCGUUGGCAAGAAUGAUCCCGCAGUUGUUGGCGAAGGAGGCGAGGGCUAUGAGUUUAUUCACGGCGAGGAAGAGGAAGAUGAGGAGGAUGAUGUGAGCGUAGCCUCAUCGGGACUUGUGUACCGCAUGCCCAGUCUCUCACUCUCUUCCGCCUCCAUCUCAACACUGUCAUCUGAGGUCUCAAAUACCUCUUGGGCACGAUCUGAGCGGAGCAGUUUCUCUGCAGACGAAGAUUCAGACAAUUUCCACCACGACGCAUCAGUCAGCUUGUUCGACAGUCUGCGUGAAGGCGUUGCAGCAGAUGUGGUGCAGCUGGAGCUGGUCACGCUUCGUAUGAGUGCCAACGCCUCAGACAACCAGGUCCGUCGGGCCAUCGUGACAUCGUUCAUGAAGCACAUCCAGCAGCUCAUGGAGAGUGGCAAGGGUGCCGGUCCGGCAGUUCUCUCGGUCUUCACAGCAUACAAGGAGGUUGUUGAGCGUACUCUAUUCGAUCGCAACAAGGAGCAGAAAAAGGACCAGGUUGAUCUGCUGCUCGCGCUCCAAAAUGAUUUGAUUCAUCGUAACAAGGGCGAAACCGUCCUUCUCUUUACUGCCAAGUCUCUAUAUGAACUUGAGCUUAUUGAGGAGGAGGCUUAUGACCAGUGGUGGAACGAUGAGCGCUCUAGUAGCACCGAGGAGAUGCGGGCUGUCCGCAGCCAGACCCAGCAAUUUGUUGAUUGGCUCGCCGAGGCUGAAGAGGAGAGUAGCGAGGAAGAAUCCGAAGAAGAAUCUGAGGAGGAGAGUGAUGAUGAGUAG